CCCUAGGCCUGGACCCAAGAUAAAAAACCACCCGACCUGUCAUGGAGGGGUAACUUCCAGGCUGUACAAAUAGUGUAGGUAAGCAUUUCAGGACCACCCAGAAUUAGCCUACCUUUUUGUACAGUCAUGCCGGUGGCAUAGUGACAUGUCACCUAAGGCGAUUGAGUCUGAGAGAACAGCAUGUGAUGAAUUGCACGGUAAAUUGAUAGAGUGAAGGGAAUGCAUCUCUUUCCCGUAUCAAGUAGAUGCACACGAGUAUCUGGACAUGCGGUGAAACCGUAAAAGUCGUGUUCUUCCAACUUCCCAGGCGUUUGACAGCGACUCAGGCAAGGCAAGGUACCUGUCAAUCAGGUACCGCCAUGUUUUUAUGGGGCUUUCCCCAUCCGAGGCACCAGGGAUGCCACCAAUCUCGAUGCAUCCUCACGUGCUUCCAAGCUUCCUGCGAAUCGAUGACUGGGCCGCACAUCGGACAUUGUCAACGACGGCGGAGUCAGGCCCGUCAACGUGGAGCUAUUCGUACUUGGUGUUUUGUGAAUUUCCCCAAUAUCUCUGAUGCGUCUUGGGCUGCCAAUUUGCAUGCUGUUUCGGCUUCGCCAUUGCCCAGUGUUCCUGUGCAGCGCCCCGAUAUUUGCAUUUGCAGUUGCAGUUGCAGUUGCAGUUGCAGUACUCGACCCCUGGCAACCGUGGACGUAUGUGCCCAGACUUGGGCACCAAGCCGAGCGUCUUCAUCUCGCCAGUGACCAAAACCUGCAGCACGGGACGGAUACUGAGCCUUGAG